UGUCAGCAAAGGACUUCCCUGUUACCAUGGUAAAGCCGCUGCGCCUUUAUUAUGGUUGAGGAGUACUUGCAUCAACCUAAGAGAAAAUUAAUAAGAAGGAAGUCUGCAGGCUGAAACCCUUCAAAUUAGCCUGGACUCGCCUGCAUCUGGUUCGGAACAGAGUUAAUCUCAGGGGUGGGAGUUUAGCCUUCCGGCGGACGCAACUCGCGCCUGCGGCUAACAGAAUAUCGCCAGGGGAGGGGCUCUGCGUGCGUUCCGCCCAGGCACUUCCGGCUCACGCGCCGUACGGAAGCGUGCCCAGCGCUGGGCUUGUGCUCCGUACGGAAGUGUGCUUUGGCGCACCGGAAGCCGACUCAACAGAGCUAUGGCGGGUUUGACUGUGAGAGACCCAGCGGUGGAUCGUUCUCUACGUUCUGUGUUCGUGGGGAACAUUCCUUAUGAAGCUACUGAAGAGCAGUUGAAGGACAUCUUUUCUGAGGUUGGACCUGUUGUUAGUUUCAGAUUGGUAUACGAUAGAGAGACAGGAAAGCCAAAGGGUUAUGGCUUCUGUGAAUACCAAGACCAAGAGACAGCACUUAGUGCCAUGCGGAACCUGAAUGGGCGCGAAUUCAGUGGGAGAGCACUUCGAGUGGACAAUGCUGCCAGUGAAAAGAACAAAGAAGAGCUGAAGAGCCUUGGCACUGGUGCCCCUGUCAUUGAGUCACCUUAUGGAGAGACCAUCAGUCCUGAGGAUGCCCCUGAGUCCAUUAGCAAAGCAGUUGCCAGCCUUCCACCAGAGCAGAUGUUUGAGCUGAUGAAACAAAUGAAGCUCUGUGUCCAGAAUAGUCCCCAGGAGGCACGGAACAUGUUGCUUCAGAACCCUCAACUGGCUUAUGCUUUGUUGCAAGCGCAGGUAGUGAUGAGAAUUGUGGAUCCGGAAAUUGCCCUGAAAAUUCUGCAUCGCCAGACAAAUAUCCCAACGCUGAUUGCAGGCAACCCUCAGCCAGUCCAUGGUGCUGGGCCUGGCUCAGGAUCCAAUGUGUCAAUGAACCAGCAGAAUCCUCAGGCCCCUCAGGCCCAGUCUUUGGGUGGAAUGCAUGUCAAUGGCGCACCUCCUCUGAUGCAAGCUUCUAUGCAGGGUGGAGUUCCAGCACCAGGGCAAAUACCAGCUGCUGUCACGGGACCUGGCCCUGGUUCCUUAGCUCCUGGAGGAGGAAUGCAGGCUCAGGUUGGAAUGCCAGGAAGUGGACCAGUGUCCAUGGAACGGGGACAAGUGCCGAUGCAAGACCCCAGAGCAGCUAUGCAGCGGGGAUCCUUGCCUGCCAAUGUCCCAACCCCUCGAGGCUUGUUAGGAGAUGCUCCGAAUGAUCCACGGGGAGGCACUUUACUUUCUGUAACUGGAGAGGUAGAGCCUAGAGGUUACUUGGGACCACCUCAUCAGGGUCCACCCAUGCACCAUGUCCCUGGCCAUGAGAGCCGAGGACCACCCCCACAUGAACUGAGGGGAGGGCCAUUACCCGAGCCCAGACCUCUAAUGGCAGAACCAAGAGGACCCAUGCUAGAUCAGAGGGGUCCACCCUUGGAUGGCAGAGGUGGGAGGGAUCCCCGAGGAAUAGAUGCACGAGGGAUGGAGGCGCGAGCCAUGGAGGCAAGAGGGUUAGAUGCCAGAGGAUUGGAGGCCCGUGCAAUGGAGGCCCGUGCGAUGGAAGCUCGUGCAAUGGAGGCCCGAGCGAUGGAGGCCCGUGCGAUGGAAGUCCGAGGGAUGGAGGCCAGAGGCAUGGAUACCAGAGGCCCAGUGCCUGGCCCCAGAGGACCUAUACCUAGUGGAAUGCAGGGUCCCAGUCCAAUUAACAUGGGGGCGGUUGUCCCCCAGGGAUCCAGACAGGUCCCAGUCAUGCAGGGAACAGGAAUGCAAGGAGCGAGUAUACAGGGUGGAAGCCAACCUGGCGGCUUUAGUCCUGGGCAGAACCAAGUCACUCCACAGGAUCAUGAGAAGGCUGCUUUGAUUAUGCAGGUUCUACAACUGACUGCAGACCAGAUUGCCAUGUUGCCUCCUGAGCAAAGGCAGAGUAUCCUGAUUUUAAAGGAACAAAUACAGAAAUCCACUGGAGCACCUUGAUAGGUGAGCAGACUUAAUCCCAUCUGAGUAGGACUAGCUCCUUGUCUGUUCUGGGUAUAUACUUUUAACCUUAACCAACAAGAUUUUUCUCUCAGCGGCCCUCAAUCCACUCAGCUAGUCUCUUCUUUACCCUUCAGUAGGUCAGCUCCUAUAGGGAUAGAGUAAAGCUAUACAAUAUUUGUUCAGUUGUUGAAUUGCUUAUAAUCUUUCCUAAUGACAAAAGUAAUGUAUGAUCAGUUUAAUAAAAGUAAUCAUAUACAGAAAUGUAGAAAGUGAAAGGUAAAAAGCCCUGUUUCCUCAAUCUCAUUCCCCAGACAAAACCUCUAAAUAUAGUUUGGUGUAUAUCUUUCUACAAUCAGUUGUAUUAUUUUAUUCCAAACUGCCCUGUCAAAAUGGAAAAAAUACAAAGCAUUUCAAUAAAAUGUGUAAAUAUUU